UUGCUGCCGUCGUAUUGCGCGUUUUAAUAAUUAAUGAACACAAUAACUGCAUCAUAACACUAACAUUAAAACAUUUACAAAUGAACAACAAACUAUUUAACAAUAUAUUGUGAUGUGACUUUAUGAAACAAAUUCAGUAACAAAGUGGCAAAAUCGAUAUGGUGAAAGUUGGACAAUUGCCAUAACCUUUAAAUUGGAUGACAUUUCUGAUAAAACAUUUGUAAAAUGUCUUGGAAUAGUCAAGUGCCGCAUUUGUCGAGGACACACUCAAUGAUUUGUUCCUCAAGGUCUAAUAUCAAUGUAAGGGAGUCUCCAAGGACUAAUCUGAUUGUUAAUUAUUUACCGAGCAAUAUGACAGAGAGUGAACUGUAUAAUCUGUUUGUCACUAUCGGGCCUUUGGAAAGUUGCAAAAUUAUGAGGGACAUCAAGACCGGUUACAGUUAUGGAUUUGGAUUUGUUAAUUAUAUGACUGAAGAUCAUGCCUUGAGGGCAAUUGCAACGCUGAAUGGAUAUCUAGUUCAAAAUAAAAGGAUAAAGGUUUCCUUUGCAAGAGAAACUGGCGAAGAGAUCAGAAAUACUAACCUGUACGUAUCAAACUUACCAAAGACCAUAACUGAAUACCAAUUGGAUGUUAUUUUUGGAAAAUAUGGAAAUAUUGUUAAUAAACACAUUCUUAGAGAAAAACAUAAUGGGAUGCCUAAGGGAAUGGCUUUUGUCAGAUUCGACAAACGCGAAGAAGCCCAAGAAGCAAUAAGCGCCCUCAACAACGUAAUACCCGACGGCGGAACACAACCUCUAAAUGUCCGCCUAGCCGACGAAUUCGACAGCGCAAAGUACAGUAGUUUCUUUUACAAUAACACUAGUCGAAGGGUCAACAAUUACCUAUCAUCUAGUCGAGACUACAACCUUUGCAACGACUAUGGUAGGAAUAGUUUGCACCACCAUCGAGGUGGUAUAACAAGUGGUGGUGGUAGUGGUAAUCAUUUUGUUAGUCCGGGGGGGAAUGGUGUGGCGUUUAGUAGCAGUUUUGGACCGGGAAGCUUUAGGUCGGGCAGUGCUUUGAGUUUGACGAGUGGCAGUUUGUACGGGGGCCUUAAUAAUUAUGUGGAGAGCCCCCAGCAGCCCUACUAUACGACGAAUUCGACAGGAGGACAUAUGUACAGGGCUGGAUAUACGGGAAGCUUAAAUAGAGGUUAUGUUUUCUAA